AUGGAUCCCUGGCUGCGAGAUCUGGUAGCGGGAACGGUGGCGGGCUCCGUGUCCACCGUGUUCAUGCAUCCGCUGGACCUGCUGAAAAUCCGACUGCAACUGGACGGAAACCUGGGGACGGUGCUGAGAUCGCUGCGACAGUCGGACGGACCCUACGCGGGGAAAUUUCGGGGCCUGUACAAGGGCCUGUAUCGCGGUCUGGGCAUCAAUUUACUCGGAAACGCCGCGGGAUACGGCGUCUACUUUUCUCUCUACGGCAUCGUCAAGAAAAUGCACCUGUUUGAUGGACCCCACGGCUACUUUUUCAACGCUCUCAUCACAGGAACAGCCACAAGCAUAGCGACCAACCCGCUGUGGGUGCUCAAGACGCGAAUCUGCUCGACAAACGCCGGCCAUGUGGACGCAUACUCCUCCAUGCUCGACGGAGUCAAACGGAUCUACAGCCAGGAAGGAAUCAAGGGCUUCUGGAGAGGCCAGAUCCCGUCUCUGCUUGGAGUGGUGCAGGCCGCAGUUCAGUUUGGAUUCUAUGACUGGGCCAAGGAACAAGUCAAGCUAGCGCGGUCGCGCGACCCCUCCAACAGCUACGACAUUUCACUCACAAAAGAAGGGGCUCCCAGUUAUUUGUCAACCAAGGAGUACUUAUUGCUGUCGUCCACGAGUAAGGCUGUGUCCACUGUUUUGCUGUAUCCUUACCAGGUGGUGCGUUCCAAGCUCCAACGAUACGAUGCCGGAAAGAUGUACUCUUCCAUUGGUGACUGUAUCAGCAAGAUAUACAGCAAUGGCGGCUUCUUUGCCUUCUAUCGAGGUCUAGUGCCGAAUUUGCUUCGCGUUCUGCCAGCCACCUGCAUCACUUUUGUCGUCUAUGAAAAGGUCAACGAGCAGUUGGAGGAGGUGAGAUGA